GAGGAGAGCCGAGUUGUGUCCCAGUAAGGUUUGAGAGCGCGUGUGCUACACUCUCACGCCACCAUGGCUGCUGCUGCAACAGUUGCGAAGCCCUCGAGCUUCCUUAUCCUCCGCCCACGACUUAACUAUUUCUUGAAGCCCUUGUUCGUCUCUAUGGCCAAUCCAUCUUCAUCAUCGUCGUCGUCUACUUCCUCGACAUUCAAUCGAGCUGGCGUACUCCCAAUCUUGAAGCCGCUCCUCACUACUAACCCGAGACAUCACUCUUCCGUGGCCUUCGCACGCGACAAUGGAGGCGGCGCCGGAGGCAGGUCAGGAGCUCUUGCUCCGGCUCAGAUUGCGGAAGUCAUGGAGAAGAUUGAUGUUAAUCCUCCCAAGGGAACCAGGGAUUUCCCGCCCGACGAAAUGCGCCUCCGCAAUUGGCUUUUCCAUAAUUUCAGAGAGGUUUCCCGGCUGUUUGGGUUCGAGGAAGUUGAUUUUCCAGUGCUUGAGUCGGAGGCUUUGUUUGUUAGAAAAGCAGGAGAAGAGAUUAAAGACCAGCUGUAUUGUUUUGAAGAUAGGGGAAAUCGUCGUGUUGCAUUGAGGCCUGAGCUUACUCCUUCUUUGGCAAGAUUGGUGAUACAGAAAGGAAAAUCUUUGUCCCUUCCAGUGAAAUGGUUUGCUAUAGGACAAUGCUGGCGGUAUGAGCGAAUGACCAGGGGCCGCCGUCGAGAGCACUACCAGUGGAAUAUGGACAUCAUUGGGGUACCGGAGGUCACGGCUGAAGCAGAACUUAUUUCUUCGAUUGUCACAUUUUUCAAGCGAAUUGGGAUUACGGCAUCAGAUGUUGGAUUUAAGGUUUCAAGUCGGAAGGUUUUACAAGAAGUCCUAAGGCGCUACUCAAUACAUGAAGAUUUGUUUGGCAAGGUUUGCAUCAUUAUAGACAAAAUUGAGAAAAUUCCACUUGACAAUAUUAAGGAAGAAUUGAAGGGUACUGGUGUUUCCACAGAAGCUGUUGAUGAGUUACUGCAAGUUCUUUCAAUAAAGUCAUUGACAGAAUUGGAAGAGAUACUUGGAGAUGCUGGGGAGGCAAUUAAUGAACUGAAGCAGCUAUUUUCACUUGCUGACAAGUUUGGAUAUUCGGAAUGGAUUCAGUUUGAUGCAUCCAUUGUCCGUGGUCUGGCUUACUACACUGGUAUCGUCUUCGAGGGUUUUGAUAGAGAUGGAAAGUUGCGAGCCAUUUGUGGAGGUGGGCGAUAUGAUAGGUUGCUCUCUACUUUUGGUGGUGAUGCAAGUCCUGCUUGUGGCUUUGGGUUUGGUGAUGCUGUUAUAGUGGAAUUACUCAAGGAGAAAGGUCAUCUACCAGAACUCAGCCUCCAAGUAGAUAACAUUGUGUGCGCUUUAGAUCAUGAUCUUCAAGGACCAGCUGCGACGGUUGCUACCAUACUCCGGGAAAAAGGCCAAACUGUUGAUUUAGUUCUUGAGAACAAACCCCUUAAAUGGGUAUUCAAACGGGCAGCUCGCAUAAAUGCUGAGAGGCUGAUAUUGGUGGGAAGUUCUGAGUGGCAACGGGGUAUGGUUGGCGUGAAAAUUCUUUCUUCUGGCAAACAACAUGAAAUAAAACUUGAUGAGCUAGAGUGAUGAAAUAGAGGAUAUCUAGUUUUGUAUCUUUAAUCUGUUCAAUUAUCAUAGGUUAUUUAAGCUUGACUCAUUUAUUUUUUUUAAUUUUUGUUAUGUACUAUUCUUUGGGUGAAAAUCUUCUUUAUUUAAAUAUAAAUUUGGCUAAUGAUUUAAGGAAUUUAUUAGCUUUGAAC